UGCGCAUCUCCCCCCCCCCCCCCCCCCCGCUUUCCCUCCCCCCCCCCUUCCAACAUGUCUGGCAAGCUUUCCAAGAGCGACACCACCCCGGCCGCCACCCCGGCUGCCCCGGCUGCCGAGGCUCCGGCCGCCCCGGCUCCCUCCCUAUUCGCGUCCCUCGAGGAGGAUGACGAGUUUGAGGAGUUCGUCACUGAGGAGUGGGACAUUUCCACCGCCGGCGAUGCUGCCACCAAGGUCGAGGCCCUGUGGGAGGAGAAGUGGGACGACGACACCAUCGAGGACGACUUCCUCAACCGCGUCAAGGCCGAGCUUGACAAGGUUAAGAAGUAAUUUCACAACCCGUCCCCCUCCCCCAUCCCACCCGCCUGCGCACUCGUUUUAAGUGUCAUCCCCUCUGCCAUUGCCCCAAUCCAGCCUUCUUCCUUCCCUGCGCCAGGCGCGCUUGGCCUCCCAAUAAAAAGAAGAAUAAAAUACAAUCCUGACA